CAAGGCGCUCUCUGCCCAGCCCGCUCCGAUAUUCGCCGCGCACGCCCCCCCCCCCCCCUCCCCGCGCGUUACGAUGCAGCCGCGACCGUGCUUCGCCGUCGCGGCGGGCGCCCCGCAGCUUCAGGGCGCGCGCCUGGCGGUGCGGCCCGGCGCCGCCGCGCCCGAGCCCGUUCGCGCCAGCGGCGCAGGUUUUGGCCAUGCAGGUGCCGACUCCAUGCUGCCCAUCGCUGCUGGAGCUGCGUGCGGCCUGACCCUCGCGAUCACCCGCCGGCGCGCUUACGGAGGGGGUGACGGCAGCUUCAAUCCAGCGGCGGCGGAGGCCAAGUCCAGGAGGGAGGUGGACCAGUUCUACGCGACUCAGAGGAGCUUGGUCAGGCGCGGCAAGAUCGUCCGUGACGACAUGCACUGGGCGAGGGAGGAGCGCGCGGUGUUCAAAACGGCGCACGUCAAAGCGGGGAUCAACUUCGCCAAGUACGACGACAUCAAGGUGGAGACCAUCGGGGGCACCGGCAACGAACAGCCAAUGGAGUCGUUCCAGGACGCUUGCGAGAAGUUCGACAUCCCCGCGAGCCUCGCGGCCUCGAUCGAGAAGUGCGGCUAUGACGUGCCUACGCCCGUCCAGAAAUACGCCAUACCCGCUGUCGCGGCUGGCGCCGAUGUAAUGGUUACGGCGCAGACCGGAAGCGGCAAGACGGCGGCCUUCCUGAUCCCCAUCAUCGCCACCGCCCUCCGCGAGGGCCCCGUGGAGCUAAAGGAGGGCCCCGUGCCGGUCACCAGCAUCGUCAUGGCGCCUACGCGCGAGCUGGUUCAGCAGAUCGCCGACGAGGCGCGCAGGCUCGUCUUCAAGACCGAUGCCAAGGUGGUCGCCAUCUACGGGGGCGCGCCGGCGCUGCCACAGCUGAGGCAGCUGGCGGAGGGCCCCGAGAUCGUCAUAGCCACCCCCGGGCGCUUGGUAGAUUUCCUCAAGCGCGGGGUGAUCAGCGUGGAGAACGUGAAGUUCCUGGCGUUAGACGAGGCGGACCGCAUGCUAGACAUGGGUUUCGAGCCUCAGAUCCGCGAGAUCAUCGAGGACUUUGGCAUGCCCGGGCCUGGGGAGGGCGGGCGGCAGACGAUCAUGUUCUCCGCCACCUUCCCCGAGGACAUGCAGAACAUGGCCCUGGACUUCCUGGACCCUGUCUACAUGCAGAUCAACGUCGGCAGGGUCGGCGUUGCGGCGGCCGACGUGGAGCAGCGGUUCGAGGACAUCGGCUGGGGAGACAAGUUCCAGCAAUUGGUCCCCACGCUGGAGUCGGUCACCGGGACAGACGGCGAGCCGAAGACCGUCGUGUUCGCGAACAUGAAGUCCACUGUCGACAACAUUGUUUACCACAUCAACCGCAACUCCAAUUUUCGCGCCAUCGGGAUCCACGGCGACAAGAUGCAGCGGGACCGCGACAAGGCCAUCGUCGAGAUCAAGAGUGGGCGGUCCCAGGUGCUGGUCGCCACAGAGGUCGCUGCGCGCGGGCUGGACUUGCCGGGCAUCGACCACGUCAUCAAUUUUGACCUGCCCACCAAUGGGGACGACUACGUGCACCGAAUCGGCCGCACGGGGCGCAUCGGCAACAAGGGCGUCGCCACCUCCUUCGUGGGCGACCGGGAGCCCGGGCUGUCGGGCAUCGUGGAGGCGCUGCACGAGUGCCCGGGAGCCGAGGUGCCGCAGUGGCUCGAGGAGAGGACCUACAGAAGGUGAGGCCAUGCGACCUGGAGUCGGUGUCACCCUGACAUGCUAGUACUAUGUGUGCGACGCCCCCCCAGGGGCGACGCGCGCACCGAGAAACCUGAUAGUACAUGCGUCGUGGCGGGCGCUUCCUGGCCACACCGCUCGGGAUACGAUAAGC